CCGGCCGUGGCGGCUCUGGUUAUAUUCUGCUUAGCUAUUGUCUUUACGCUACUUCUAGUAUUUAAGGCAGUGCGGCUCCGCAUCCCCCUACGCGGACGCAACCCACUCGUAAUAAAUGUCAAAUACUAUAUGGCUCCCGUCGCGGCGGUGCUGGCAAUGCUCGCGUGCACGUCAAUGUCCAUCCGCGAUGUCGGUCGGGGCCUGUUAGGCAACAGUCAGAUUCAGCCAUACGGUAUCCUCAUCCUCUUCAUGAGCAUGGCCUACAUCGCAGGCGCUCUUGAUGCAACAGGGGUUUUUGCUUGGCUAGCCCUCAAGUUCACGGCCAUGUCUGGAGGCAGGGGCCGUGUGCUCUUCCUGUUCUACUUCUUGCUCUCCAGCUUUAUCACGACGUUCACAUCAAACGACGUUUGCAUCCUGACCCUCACACCCAUCGUCUGCUACUUCGCAAAAGCCACCGGCGUGGACCCCAUGCCAUUCCUCUUCGCCGAGUACGCUGCCGCCAACACCUUUGGCGCACUGCUGUACACAGGCAACCCGACCAACAUCAUCGUCGCGGACGCAUACAACAUGACCUUCCUGGGCUACAGCAAGUACAUGACACUGCCAACCUUUGCCGCCGGCAUCGUCUGCUUCGCCAUGCUGCUACUGGAGUUCCACAGCAGCAUCCCAGCCGCCAUCCCGCUACCCGCCGUCGAUGCCUCGCACAUGCUACGUGACAAACUGGGUGCCGUACUCGGAUCCAUUAACAUGCUGACGUGCCUAGGGCUGCUGGCAGCGGCGCCGUCGCUCGGCUGGGCCAUGUGGGCCAUUACCCUGGUCUGCGCCGGCGUGCACUGUGUUUACAACGUGUGGGCCUUCCGCUCCUCACUCACACAUGUACCCAUUGGGGAAUGCUGGACUUGCGGCGGAGCGGCGGUGGACGAGGGCGGACGGGAGCAUGGCUACUGCGGUGGCAGUGAGGAAGAGGGCUGUGCGGGAGGCUGCACGGCAGCGCAUGUGGCGGAGGGCCCGGAAGCAGCAGGACAUGCUGCUGCAAAGCUGGUGCUGGAAGAGGAGAUGAAGCCGGGAAAGAAGGCGCAGCAGGCGGAGACGAAGGCGAAUGGGAGGGGCUGCGGCCAGCAGCUGGCUGCCGUUCGUCAGCCAGCCGGGCUGUCAGCCCGCUCAGGCUGCUGCUGUGCCCAGAACAGAGCCACGUCAGGAGCGACUGCUGUAGCAACGGGAGCCGUAGCAGUCAGUGCGGGAGCCAGCAGGGAGGACUGGGCGCUCCAGUCCACUAGCACGAGCUCAGGCAACGGCGGAGGGACCAAAGGAGGUUGUGGCCGCCGUUGUGGCUGCUCCGCCUCAUCCGUGGGAGGUGACGUUGUCGCUGCAGGAGGAUCUCACCCAGCAUGCUGCAGCGUCGUGAGCCCCUCUGUGAGCCCCUCGGAUGUAGGCUGCGGAAUGCCGGAUCCGCUGGCGGUGCCAGGUACGGCAGUGAUGCUGGCGCUUGCCCCGGAAACAGCAGUGGCUGCAGCAGGGGCAAAAGCGGAUGGGGAAAUGGAGGGGGAGCAGGUGCCGGUCGCUCCAGCCAUGACAGUGGACUCGCUGCGCGGCAAGGCGCCAACGUUCUGGUCGCUGUUCUUCGACCUGCCCUGGGAGGUGGUGCCCUUUGCGCUGGGCAUGUUUGUGCUGGUGGAGGGGCUGCAUGUGCAGGGCUGGCUGGACGUGUUCGGCUCCGGCCUGGGUCGCGGCAGCACCAGCCUGCCUGCGGCGGUGUUCAUCAUGGGCUUCCUGUCGGUUGCGUUGGCCAACACCAUCAACAACCAGCCCAUGACUAUCCUGCUGACUCGUGUGGCCCUGGACGCAAGGUUCACGGCCCACGUAGGCCACGGGAACACCCACAAAGCAGCGCUCUUUGCCUUAGUGCUGGGCAGCAACAUCGGUGCCGUAUUCACUGUCAUCGGCGCGCUGGCAGGCAUCCUCUGGUCUAACAUCAUGAACCUGCACGGUCGUACCAUCACCUACACCCACUUUGCGCGCGUGUGCUGCCCGGUUGGCUUCAUGACGCUGGCGGCUUCGCUGUUGGUGCUGUGGUUUGAAUUUGCCGUCUUUCCGCAUGAUGACUAGGCAUGGGAGCUAGGCCUAUCUAAGGCAUUUGGCUUCAGUAUUGAGAGGCUCAAUUCAACGUUGCUUUGCAUCGGUGUGUGACAAUUGUUUCACUGAAGAUGACCUACGCGGGGUGCAUCGUCGCCCCUGGAAUAGACUAGUCUUCAUUUCACAUUAUUGGGCAUGUGAUCGAGGGUGUUGUGGCUUACUAUGUGCGGUGAUGUGCAGUGGUAGGUGGUUGGGAUGGUGGGAAGGUGCUUUGUUAAUGGGCCCGCAUCAGGAGAUACACGCAUGUAGGUGCACCCGGGUAAUCCAGGGACCGCUGCUUCUUGCUUUUGAGAAGUAAUCCUUCGAGGGCAUCACACGGCGGGUUGAAGGCUGUCUUUUCCUUUCCGUGCUGUUGCCUGCCUUACUUGGGGUUUGUAUGGGAGAAAGUAUAGGGAAGUAGACAUGGGUUGCGUGGUGUGUUACUCGCAAAGGUCGGUUGAUUGCCGGGAGGCGUGGGCUGGUGGAAAGCGUGUCGCCAACCUCCAUCCCAUGCCUUCCCGUAUUAAGGUAUUGGUAGGCUCGCAACAUAUUUCGCUGCAUACAUGUCGUAUACUGGUGGCCAAGGAAGGGCAAUACAAGGCGCUGAAAAGGAAACUGCGCCCAACACUCUUUUACACAUGGUCCUAAGUACCAUGGUUACGGCAGUUUGUUCAGGGGUUACGGUUUGGUACUGUAUAGUGUGUCGUGGGUCCAACUCGUUUAAGACCGCGGGGCUUAGCACAGCGCUCAGAUGCUAGUUCGGGCUUCGGUGUUUUGUGCGAUUGCUGUUGGGUUUCCACGCCUUUAAUGUGCCGUGUACGUUAGUAUUCUGUGCAAUUCUGUGUUUGUGCAACUUUGCGCCUCCUUUGGUAUUAAGUAUGGCCAGUGCGGAUGUGUCCCACGGGUCUUUUGCUACUGCAAAAGAUGUAGUACAUGGGUUUGUUGCUCAUGCAUCACAGCUGCGGAAACCCCAUUGCUGUAGCAUGGUCGUAUCUGUUGGGCGCACAUUAUGCUUUCCGGAUUCCUGGUGUGUUAACGGACUGCUCAAAGCUGAGGCUUAUGUAAGGCUCCCACGCUUCCCUGCUUCGCAUGCCGGGCUGCGCAGCGUGGGUUUUGUGUUGCAGAAUUCCGGGGAGUCCGGUGAGCGGUGACUCCACGGGAAAAAGGCGUUCCACACCGCAAUUGUUUAUCCUCAACGGCGCCACCAUUGAUAAACCUAAGGGAUUGCCUGAUUGGGCUAAAGGUAUUGGCUGGUGCAUGGUGCACUUGGAGACGAUUGCAGGCAACACAGGAAACGUAGGGCGUGGCCCUCACGUUGCAAUCUGUAAGCCGUCUAGCUGAU